AUGUAUGAAGGACCGGAAGCACUCAGAGGCUGGCCAAUCAAGCGUAUAUCGCAGACGUUACCACACGAGGAAACCAUUCGAGUCCUCAACCGCAAAGCAGUCCCAGUGCGUCCUCUGUUUCUUGGUACAAAGGCUCGCACAGUGGCCUCGGGAGCCGACAGACACGUUCGAGUGAUACGCGGGAGAACAGCACCUCUUCGAAGUCAUCCAAUAAAUCCUGGGCCAGUACCAAGCAUACUGCCUCCAGCUCUGCCAGAGAAUAAAGUCAGCUCACCGAUGGCCGACCCGGUCAAACCGGCGGCUCUCGCGCAACCAAAUCCUAGACGACUGAACGGCAACUUGUCAGUGCUUCAACGAACCUCUAGUGACGUGACUAGUCUUCGUCUGUCGCAUAUGUCCCAGGACGGUGUAAGAUCUGUUUCAAACAGCCCUGGACCGCCACCUCCCCGCAGCCCUUUGAGACUGUCUAUACCAUCUGAAUCUUUGGGCGAGAUGUUAGGCAAGUCGACUGCGGAAAGCAGUCCUGAUACGUACAUUAAGGACAAGAAACCGGUGAACGAAGAGCAAGCAAUCCGAGUGACCAAAGAGGCGGCUGUGGAAUACGCUGCUCGAGAUCAGAGAGACGAUGACUUACCUUCCUUCCUUCGACCAGGCAGCAGUGGAACAAGCAGUGACGUCUUUUGCACAAACACAAAUCAGUCGAAGGCAAGUUCUUCAAAGCCGCUUGAGCUUAUCGAUGCUAUGGUCAAAGCAUCACAGCAAAACACGUCACGUCACCGACUCCGUAGAGCUAGACCCGAAGGGCCUCGGCCACUUGACUUUGGCAGUCUGCAUUUACGACACUCGCUCGAACGCGACUCGAGACCGGAUGGCUAUUGUACGAGUCCACUUUCGAUCAAGCGUACAACCAGCAUAGGCGAUAUCUCAGAGAACUACCGCAUCAUCGCUACCACUGCCUCGCCUUCGCCUAGAAUCAGCCAUGUACGCACGGUACCGAGCGCAAGAGGCAGAAAUAGUCCGGUGCCACGAAUCAAGACGAGCAAGCGUGGUCGAGGACCAAAGAGUGUGGCCUCGACACCUUCGCGAGCAGGCAGUCCGUCGAAGAAGAGUCGACAGUCGACUACGCCAGAACUGCCAUCACCGCCUCCUAAGAAAGGAUUGCCUCCCACUCCACGCGUGAAGACCGAUGGCGUCUCGAGGCCAGACGAUAGGACAGAUGCAGGGUUAGCAAGAGCGACCUCAACUAAAGACUUGCCUGCACCACCACUUGAUGAGAACGGGCACAGUAUAGUAUUCCCAUCGCCACCCUCGAGUGCGAAGACAACCAGAUUCAAGUUGCAGCCAGGUGAAGGUAGUGCUGUAACGAUGGAGGCAAGGAUGGACGCACUUGAGCGCAGAAACAAGCUGUUGGAAGCCGCGCUUUCGGCGGUGCUGGAGACAGGCGGCAUGCUCAACGGUUGCCCUUGUCAGGCAUCGCACGCACCUGGACACGGAUGUCAGGAAUCAGCGACAAGCGAGGCGUUGGUCGCCCGAGGAAGUGUGCGCAGCAGAGUCAGCUCUACCAGCAAUGGAUCGAGCGCACUGGAUGUAUAUCUCAACACAAGGGGAAAGUGA